UUCUGGAUUCAACAACCCCAAAGGAACCGCAGGAAUCAUGGCACCACCAACACCAACUGCAAAAGAUCCGGAGAAGAACAGUGACUGCAUCGUUCAAGACGCUGCGCCUGUCGUUACUACAACUUGUACCUCUACCAAUCCAAUGACGACCAUAAGUAUUCCUCCGGAACCUCAGCCCCAAGAGGAAGAGGAAGAACCAUACACAAUCUUCUCCCGACACCUCAAGCUCUUCAUCAUCCUCAUGUCGGCAACAAGUAGCCUCUUCUCCCCCGUCUCCUCCAUGAUCUACCUCCCUGCCCUCGACGUCCUCGCAGACUACUACCACGUCUCCAUCACCCGCAUAAACCUAAGCGUGACAACCUACAUGAUUCUACAAGCGCUCGCGCCCAUGUUCUUUGGCGACAUGGCGGACCAGCUAGGUCGGAGACCUAUCUACAUCACCACGCUGACCAUCUACGUGGCUGCGAAUAUCGGGCUGGCCACGCAGUCGGAUUACGGGGCGUUGCUUGUGCUGCGGGCGUUGCAGAGUUCGGGGAGCAGUGGGACUGUUGCGCUGGGGAAUGCGGUCAUGGCUGAUAUUGCGGCGCCUGCGGAGCGGUCGGGGUAUAUCAGCUAUGUGCAGGCGGGGAUGAUGCUCGGUCCCGCCAUCGCACCUACCAUCGGCGGCGUCCUCACGCAGUUCCUCGGCUGGCGCGCGCUCUUCUGGUUCCUGACCAUCGCCAGCGGAACAUACCUCGUCCUAUACAUCCCCUUCGUCCCCGAGACGUGCCGGAAGAUUGUCGAGAACGGGUCGAUCCCCCCGCAAGACUGGAACAGGAGUAUCUGGAACGCGCGGUUCGACCGCAAGAUCAAGGUUUCUGAAGGUGCCGAGCACGAAUCCCAUGAGAAUCUGCGGAAAGCACGGAAAAACGAGCUCGCGGGGAAGAGAAGCCUCGCGAUCCCGAACCCGUUGAGGACGCUGCGCGUGAUUGCGGAGAAGGAUGUCGCGCUGACCAUGUUGCUGACGUCGUUGUUGACGACGGGGUUUUACAUGCUCAUGGUUCCCAUCCCGUCUGUUUUCGCCGACGUGUAUGGGUUCAAUCAGAUUCAGAUUGGGUUGUGUUAUCUUCCCAUGAGCGCCGGGUCAGUCCUAGGCACAAUCGCCGCCGGGAAACUGCUAGACUGGAAUUUCCGCCGGAUAGCGCAUCUCGAGAACCAUCCUGUCCAUCUGCGCCGCGGCCACGAUCUCCGCCACUUCCCUAUAGAGCGCGCCCGCCUCCAGUACCUCCCCCUCCCAACCCUCAUCUCUUCCCUCGUGAUUCUAGUCUGGGGCUGGACGCUCUCUUCACACACCUCGCUCGCCGCGCCACUAGUGUUACUCUUCAUCGGCGGCGCGUGUAUUCCCGCGGCGAUGAACAUGCAGCAGGCGCUGCUGAUCGACAUGUAUCCGCAGAGUCCCGCGACGGUGACGGCGGCGGUGAAUCUGUGUAGGUGUGCACUUAGCGCGGGGGGAACGGCGAUUGUGCAGGUGGUUGUUGACGGGGUGGGGUUAGGGUGGUGUUAUACGAUUGUUGGGGGUGUGGUUGGGGUCGUUGGGGGAAUAGCGGUGUGGGCCGGUAUCAAGUUUGGGCCGAGGUGGAGGGAGGAACGGUUUGUGAGGGAGGAGACGAGGCAGAGGGAGAAGGAGAGAGAAAGGGGAGAGGGAGAUUCGAAUGAAGGUUGA